AGCGGUGGUUAAAAAGGCCACUGCACGUCGACGCACGCAGUGCCCCCGCCGCUCCGCCACACGCCGCCAUGGCCCGCGCCGACACCAUGCUGGCCCUCUGCAUGCUCUGCAUGCUCUGCAUCCUUGCCGCGCUGCCCGCCCUGGUGCUCUGCGACUCCUCGGCGUCGUCCUCGUCGGAGGAGGACGGUCUCGACGCGCAGGAGGCCGCCGUGGAGCGCUGUGUCCGCAUCGCCACGCCCAACCUCAUCGCGGACGGCACGUACGACCACCUCGGCAAGGUGGACCCAUGCGUCAACGACGGCCUGAACGGUCUAGAAGACGGCAAGGCGCCCUCCUCGAUGGCCAAGCAGAUCGUGGACUGCAUCGCCGGCAAGGCGUUCCCUGACGCGCUCAAGCCGACCGUGGACGCCCUCAAGGCCUGCAUCACCGCCGCCCUGCCGUGACGUCGUGACCCGUCGUGACGCUGCCGACGCUGCGCCCAGGACAACGAACUGGAAUAAACACAGAAAAAGUAAA